CACAUAACAACAAUACUUGGAAGCUUCUGCUUCUUUCAUUUCCAAUUCCAACCAUGGAUCCAAUCCUCUUUCUUCUUCUUGUUGUUGUUUCUCUGUCUGCUUCACCGGUUUCUGCAGCGGUUCAGCCAACCACGUCCCACAUCACAGUCACAGGCUCAGUGUUUUGCGACGUCUGCUACAGCAACUUAUUUACAAGAUACAGCUAUUUCUUACCAGGGGCGGAUGUUCAUGUCCAAUGUAAAUUUCAAGGGAAUGCGCCAAGUACAAAAGAGCAGAUUAGUUUUUCAGUGAACAGAACAACCAACAGAUACGGUGUAUACAGAUUGGAUAUACCAUCGGUGGAGGGGGUUGAUUGUGUGGAAGGUCCGGCCAUUCAGUCACUCUGUGAAGCCACAUUAAUAAAGAGCUCCGUUCCAGGCUGCAAUGUCCCUGGGGUGUCCACAACCACCAAAGAGAUCACCGUCAAAUCAAAGUCAACUAAUGUUUGUGUUUAUAGUGUGAGUGCUCUCAGUUAUAGACCUUUUCAGAUCAACUCCACCCUUUGUGCCCUCAAUUACCAACAAAAGCUCAUCAUGUCAUCGGAUUCUUUCAACUCCUCAAAGUUUUUCCUCCCUUAUUUUCCUUGGCCUUUACCUCAAUUCCCUCCCUUCCCGCAACUGCCGCCGCUGCCUCAAUUGCCGCCGUUCCCACAACUGCCACCGCUGCCUCAAUUGCCGCCGUUCCCACAACUGCCGCCUUUUCCUUCAUUUCCACCCACUCAAUUCCCACCACAGCCACCAUCUUUGCCAUAUCCACCACCAAACUUCCCUCCGGUGUUCAAUUUAGGAGACCCAAGAACUUGGAUACCGAACAUCCCUUCACCCAAUCCACCAUCACCACAACCACCAUUCAAUCCAAGUGAUCCAAGAACCUGGAUACCACGAAACCCUUUUCUCAUUCCUCCGCCACCACCACCACCACCUGGAUUUGAUCUAAGAGAUCCAAGAACAUGGAUACCAAGUUUCCCCCCUUCUCCCAACAGCCCUCAAAACCAGCAACCCUAGUUGGUUGCUCGUAUGUACAUACAGCAAAAACUGGCUUCGUUAUUAUUAUGUAUUAUUAAUUGGUGGGUCACAUUCUUUUGUUGAAAAAACUCUGUAUUUUCUUAUCAUUUAUAAUAAUUACAACCAAUUGGGAUUAUAA